AUAUUAUCUUUCAUUAUGUCCCUAAAAGAACUUGAAAUAUUCGGAAUAAUAGCAUUUGACGGUGUAAUAAGAAACGGUUUACGAUUACAUCCUGAUGGAGAACACCUUGUGUAUCCAAUGGGUAACAAAAUUACUAUCAAACAUGUAAAAACGGGUGAACAAUUCUUUCUUACUGGACAUAAGAAUUUCGUUUCCGCUUUAUGUAUUUCAUCUUCAGGCGAUCUGAUAGCUUCCGGCCAAAUAAACCAUCAUGGUUUUAAGGCAAUGGUUAUAAUAUGGGAUUAUAGAAAUCGUAAAAUGAAAUCUAACUAUGAAAUGCACAAAGUUAGAGUCGAAGACGUGUGUUUUACGGAAAAUGGACAGUAUCUUAUUAGUCUCGGAGGCAGAGAUGAUGGUCGUAUCAUAAUAUGGGAUAUUGAAAAUGGAACUCCUCUUUGUGGUACUUCUGCUGGAAACGAAACAUGUGGAAAUAUUAUAAUAAUUGCACGAGCUAACAUUUGUAAAACAAGUUUUAUCACUGGCGGCGACAGGAAUCUUAAAUUAUGGCGUAUCAACUCAAAGGAUCAAAAGUUAUAUGGGACAGAUAUAAAAGUUGGAAAGAUCAAACGUUCGAUUAACUGUGCAGUUAUAGAUGAGAACGAUGAAAAUGUUUAUUGCGGAACAACAUCUGGCGAUAUCAUAAAAGCAAGGCUAAACAUAGAAGAAUCCGAGGAAGGAACUAAAUAUCCCGUAAUGAUAGGAUGUUAUUCGAAGAUACCAACGAACAAGGGAGCACGCAUGAGGAACGCAAAUGGACUUCACAUAAAAGUAUAUCCAGGUGGUGUGAAAAACUUGUUGCUUUUAAAGAAAGACAAGUUAAUCGUAGGUACUGGCGAUGGAACAGUCGAAUUAAUUGAAAUAAGGAAAGACUCAAAACUUAAUGCAAAUAAAACGAACAAGUCACUAACCAUACCCGCUAUAGUAGCAUAUCGCACAACGAAUGUGUGUGCCAUGGUAACGUCCAUGAUCCGCUAUCAAAAUAAUUUGGUAUUAGUAGGAACCGCCUUAUGUGAGAUUUAUGAGAUCGAAUUAUCAAGCUUUCAGAUGCGUUUAAUCGUCACUUGUCACACCAGUUCGAUAUAUGAUUUAGCAUUUCCAAGCAAUAGUUCAGAGAUAUUUGCAACCGCUAGUAAAAAUGACAUACGAAUAUGGAAGUUGGCCACCCAAAAAGAAUUACUCCGAAUCACCGUGUCAAAUUUUACUUGUUCCAGUAUAUGUUUCAAUAGUAAUGGUGGUUCUAUAAUAUCGGCUUGGAACGAUGGCACGAUAAGAGGAUUUGCUUUGAAUGGCGGAAAACUACUAUUCGAAAUUAAUUGCGCUCACACAAAAUCUGUGUCAACAAUCACUAUUACCAAAGAUGACGAUAAACUGAUUAGCGGUGGUUGUGAUGGACAGGUGCGAAUAUGGAAUGCAAAAUCUGAAUUACGACAUUUAUUGCAAGUCCUAAAAGAACACAGAGGUCCAAUAACGUCAUUACACGUUUCACCUGAUAACAAGAGUUUGAUCAGUUCUAGCACAGAUGGUACAUGUAUAUUAUGGGAUUUAAGAAAUUUCACGAGGAAGUUCAUGCUGAGUGGAAGCACAAUGUAUAUGGCAACAUGUUUUGUUCCUACCGGCGUUCAAAUUUUAACAUGUGGUACAGAUCGCAAAAUAGCUUAUUGGGAAACAUUGGAUGGUUCAUUGGUUCGGGAAAUUGAAGGUUCAAUGGCGGGGACCUUAAAUACUAUAAGUAUUAGUCAUGACGGACAAUAUUUUCUCACUGGAUCAGAAGAUUCUAUUGUAAAACUAUGGGAAUAUCGUACCGCUAGUACUAUUCGUUUGGGUCUUGCACACGCUGCUGCCGUUACUCGUUGUGUCUUUGCUCCAAACAAUAAAUUUAUUGUUACGGCAAGUGCAGACGGUGCUAUAAUGCUUUGGGAAUACCCCUUUUCGGAAUCAUCGAUUACACCGAUUAAAGACGAUACCAAACAACACACGCUAGAACCAACAUCAGUACCUUGCCCAUCGAAAACGGACGACAUGUGUGAACCAAAUUGUAAAUAAUACACUACAUAAACUGCAAUACACAUUCACCAAUUACUCGAAUAUCUCACAAUAAAUCAAAAUUAAUUGUCAAUAAAU